GAGGGAGUCGUAGGGAGCGCCGCGGUGUUUGGACCUAAUGCUGUCAACGGUGUUUAUUUCUCAGGAAUAACAACAUAUUUAUUACACUGUGGACAUUUUACAUUUAUCAUAGUGCGGUUUCGUUACGGUGAUGGCGCUUUGCAACCGAUUUAAGGAUGAGAAUUACAAAAACUGGCUCAAAACUACGCUGAGCUUGCAACUACUGAGACACGGCCUCGGCGAUUUCAUAGAGAAGGAAAGCGAAACUUAUCACAGCUCCCUACGCAAGAAGCUUGGGGAUGCGGAAUGUACAAGGAAAUGUCAGUCCCACAAGCAGGAUUCUAAUCUUUGCGAAACCUGUAAAAAGUGGAGAGAAGAAAUAUUCAACAAUCAUAAAAAUAAGAAAGGAAACAUUUACUGGGAGAACUGUGAACCUUAUAAGUGGUCAACGGACAAGUGGGAGGUAGCAAAGGUCUACAUGCCCAAGGGGAACAAGAAACACAACCGAUUUGAGCAGUUCGAUAUCUCAGCAGUACUUAAUUUCAUAAGUUUUUGCAAUCAUUUUAAUAAAUUGGGAAACAACCAUUUUAUUUCAAUGGUGACCUAUGUGAGGAACCAGAUGAUGCAUAGUCCUGACAUGAAGGUGGCAAAAAAGGACAUGGAGGAACAUUUUGGGAAAAUCUUUCAGUUUGUCAGACAUCUCCAAGGUCAUGUUCCAGGGCUGCAGAAGCUCCCCGAAGUGCUGGAACAGCUCCAGAACACAGAGCUUAGCAUCAUUUUUGAGGGGGACAAUCCCAAUGUUUCAAGCUUUAAGGAAAAUAUUCAAACCUUGUUUAGGGAUCAGAAGAUAUUUGACGUGGAACAGCAAAUUUUUAAGGAAAAGCUUCAGUUUUUAACUGACUGCCUGGAGAAAGACAAACAAUCGGUUGAGGAUGGGGAGAUUGCAGGAAUCAGGGCAUUCCUCGAAGAGAACAAGGACCUGCUGGAGCAGCUGGCCCCACAGGUCCAGAAGCUGAAUGAGAUCCAGGCAAAGGUAGACGAUCAUGAGCAACAGCUCAGCACACUAACUGAGAAGGUUGGCAACCUUGAAAAAAAGGCCAGUGAACCUGUUUUUAGUGCAGAUGUGGUGAAGUAUAAAAACCACGUCCUGGAAGAGGCUACGAAGCGCAACUGGAAAACUCCACAGUUCUCAGAAAAAUACGAUCCAAAAGGUCGCGGUUACAUAGGACAGCUGGAGAUUAACGGGCACAAGUUCGAGGGGAAGAUAGUCCAGCUCAACAAGAUAGCAGCUCAUCAGGAGGUAGCAAGAAUGGCCCUGGAGCAGCUGGACGAGCUGUCAAAGGACAGUCCAGCCGCCCCCUCAGCUGACCGAUCGGGCGUCGUAAGCUCUGCAGGCACCACUUAUUUUAGCAGUGUGACUGUUCAUCUCAACGCUGAGGCAGAAGGACACGGUGAGACAGAGCAGCAAGCCACUGAGUCUGCCUACCAGGCAUUAAGCAACGAGUGCGGCAUCAAGGAUCUUCAGGCUGGUAAAUCUUAUAAGGGUGUAAUUCAGCAACACUUUUUAAAGUCCGGUGUGCCGCUGGCAGAACGUCUCGACGGCGGGUCUGAUGGGAAGGCAUAUUGCAAACUGACGCUGUCCGGACCAUUUACUUUUCAGGGAGAAGAGGGCUCAACCAAGAAAAAGGAUGCAGAACAGCAGGCUGCUAAAGCUGCCCUCUGCCAGCUGGCCGAGAUCCUCGGCGUGACAAACAUGCCUGCAGCAAACUACAAGGGAGCGCUGAAGGAGGCGAUGGAAGCGAAGGGCCUGAAUCCACCCGAAUACGCAGAGGUUCAAUCCAAUGCACAAGAUACUCCAGAUGAUGAAGCAGGUGACAGGAGCCUGCCAGCAAAGGUCCCGGAAGCACCUCAGGACAAAGCGACAGGCUGGGUGCCUCUUCCUGCCGCUCCAGAUCAGGCAGCUCUUCCUACAAAAGGGCUUGUGGUUGCACCUCAGGCACCCCCCAUAUUUAACGUCACAGUGAAAGUGCCUGUGAAGACAGAAUUCAGUGCCGGUGCGUUUGACACCCAGGAAGACGCGGCUGAAGGAACCUACAGGGCUCUUGCAGGAGAUCUUGCUCUGGGGCAUUCAGGGCCAGAGCUCCCUCCUGGUGGAACCAAACAACUGGUCCUGGAUUUCUUCAGUAAGGCCAGCUGCAAGCCACCGGUGGAGACCAACGAAAACACUCAAGAAGGGAAGUUUAAAUGCACACUGGCCAUCCAUGGAGACUUCACUUUUCAGAACCAAGAAGGGGCAUCCACAAAGAAGCAGGCAGAACAGGAGGCAGCAAAGGAAGCCUUAACCCGACUGUCACGGGUCUUGGGCUGGAACCAGGAAGAAGUAAGGGAUGGUAAUUACAAAGGACAGCUGAAGGAGCUGCUUGAUAAACAGAAAAAGCAACCAACCUAUCAGACACUUCCAGGAGUUACUGACAAAAGUUACAAAGCUGCAGAUGCUCUCAGCUUAGAAAGCUGCAGUGCCGAAGGUCCCGUCUGUGAAGCCACUGCAUCAGUGAGUGAUGCGGUAUCCGUGGCGAUCCCAUCUGAUGCCUGCAGUCAGUGGCCUUCUCCUCCUCAGAAAUCUGCCAAGAUAGACUGUCCAGAUAUUCGAAGAAUGCUUGGAGUCUAUGGUCUAAACGAACAACAGGAGAAUUUGUGUAUCAGUUCAGAGUUGAGCUUUGGAUACAAAGUGCAGAUCAGCUUCCAGGACGGAACCUUAAGGAACCAAGAUGCCCACAUGACCAAGAAGGAUGCCAAACGAAAGCUCUACUUGGAAUUUGCCAAAGCUCUUUCCCUCGGGGGGUCAAGCACAGAGGAGCAUAAGGCUGUAAAUCUUGUUAAAGAAUAUUUCAAACGCCACACUUCUGAGCCACCGUCUGAGGAUUAUGAAACAAAAGCUGAUAAUAAGUUUGUAUGCUCACUGACGCUCAAGUCCUUCUGUUUCUCUUACGAAAGCCGAGGGUCAUCUGAGGAAGCAGCCAGACAGGAGGCCUCCCGGCUGGCCUUUUCUCGACUGGCCCCCCUGCUCGGGGACCCAGCGGCUGUUAGCGGCUGUGGCACCGAAGCUGAAGAGCAGCUCAAGCUACUCCUGCAGGCCGCCGGUCAGUCGGAUCCGGUUUUUCAGCCACUUGCUACUCAGCACAAGGCCACCGCCCGACUUAGCCUGAGAAAUCUCUCCUUGGGAAGCAGAGCCCAGAAUAAGAGCAGCGCUCGGAGUGGACUUUGCAGCCGUAUCCUCGGACUCCUGGGGGAGGAGGGUGCAGAAGCGAGCAGCAAACUUCCAGUCAGGAAUCAGCUUGAUGAUUGGUUUAAGAAGCAGAGAAUUGAACAGCCAAAAUUCGAGAACACGCAAGAUGGUGUAAUGGCUACAUUCUCAGCCCUUCUGACUUUUUCUCAUCCAGAAUGGGAGAACAGCUGGAAAGAUGCAGAAAGCAGGCUGAGAGAUGUGAUGAAGGCGCGAUUCAGACAUCUGUCUGAGGACACCAACUAGCACCAGAGAGGAAGUGGGAAGGAAGAAGCAGGCGUCUGCUUCUCUGCUUACAUCUCGCACCGUCACCAAUGACCUCCAGUGGGAAGGGCUUUGCAGACUGUCUCUAAACGGAAGUGCCAUGUUUACAAGCUUUACAACAUACUGCAAAGAUAGUGCAGUGGGGGAAUUAAGCCAGAUGCAUCCUUGCGUGUCGUCCUCAGCCACAAGCAGUGUUUUCCGUAAAACGAGGCUGCUCUAUACAGAAGGGUGACAUGGAUCUACGUGAAGGAUCAAUACUGAAAUAUCAACUCUCUCUCUGGAGAUUUCAUAUGGAGAUUUGAUUCUAAUAUUAAAAUAUUGGUGUCUUUACUUGGUAAUUUAGAUGUAAAUUUUAAUACCAGGCAGCUUGGCCCAUGGGGGGGGGGGACUUAAGUUCAACAUAUGAAUUUUUUACUACUAGCCAAUUGGGUGGCAUGGUGGUGCAGAAAUUAAUCCUCCCCAUCAAUUAACUUCCAUGAGCAAUUUCCUCAUUCAGAGCAGCACAUGUUAACACAGUAAGUGCUCAGCCAAUGGCUGCCAGCCACUGAGGUACAAAGAGCUGCUUAUUCUCGCAUCAUCAUGUCCACAUUAAAAUCCUUUGCUGAAGAGGGUGGCAGGUUGAGGGGGAAAAAAGGCUAAUUACAUUUUUAAAGUUUUUUCGAUUUCUGUUCAAUCCAGCUUGCAAACAUCUCUGCUAUUUCCUUGCUCUGGAAAAUGGAGUACUGGGGUAUGGAAUGAUUUUUUUUCUGAAUUGUGUGUAAUCAUUCACCUGGGUGAUUAAUUGCAUGAAUAAUUGUGUAAACAAUCAUUUGUGUAUUCAGUGUAGAAAUUCAUUUAUUCCAAACAGAAAUAUCAAAAUAAAGACAAACGUGAGUUA